UCUUCCUUAUUCAUAGGUAGCUCUGCUGGGGAUAUGGAGAAUGCAAGCCUAUCAACAGUGACUGAAUUUAUCUUCAUUGGGUUCCCCCAGCUCCAUGAAGGUGGUUUCCUGUACUUCUUUCCGUUACUUUUCAUCUACAUCUUUAUUGUUACUGGGAACCUAAUGAUUUUCUUUGCUGUGAGGAUCGAUAUACGUCUCCACAAUCCCAUGUAUAAUUUCAUCAGUUUCUUCUCAUUCCUUGAGAUGUGGUACGCCACAGCCACCAUCCCUAAAAUGCUCUCCAAUCUGAUCAGCAAACAAAAGACCAUCUCCUUCAUUGGUUGCCUCUUGCAGAUGUACUUCUUCCAUUCACUUGGGAACACUGAAGGUGUCUUGCUGACUGUCAUGGCCAUUGACAGGUAUAUAGCCAUCUGUAGCCCACUCCACUACCCAACAAUCAUGACCCCCCGGCUAUGUGCUCAGCUCUCAGCAGGCUCUUGCGUCUUUGGUUUUCUCAUCCUUCUACCUGAGAUUGUGUGGAUUUCAACCUUACCCUUCUGUGGUCCCAACCAAAUCUAUCAGGUCUUCUGUGAUUUCUCCCCCUUAUUGAGUUUGGCCUGUACAGAUGCUUCCGUGAUCCUGGUGCAAGAUGUGAUUCAUGCUCUUGCCAUUCUAACGACAGUUCUGAUUAUUUCUCUUUCUUACAUCAGAAUUAUCAUUGUGAUCUCGGGCAUCCCUUCAGUUGAGGGCCGCAAAAAGGCCUUUUCCACCUGUUCUGCCCACAUUGCUGUCUUCUUACUUUUUUUUGGCAGCGUGGGCCUCAUGUAUCUUAGAUUUUCUGCUACUUAUACACUCUUCUGGGACACCGCUAUUGCUCUGACAUUCUCUGUACUUGCACCCUUUUUCAAUCCCAUUAUAUAUAGCCUGAGAAAUAAGGAUAUGAAAGAGGCUAUUAAGAAGCUCCUUUGUUCUCAAAAGGUGUUUACUAUAUCUGAGAGGUAAUUUAGGCUACAGAUCUCUGUAUAAAUAGUACUUAUUCCCAACAUAUUGACCUCAAAAAGAUGAAUUAAAACAAUUACGCAAUUAAUUCAAUUUUCUCUGAUAUAAGCUGGAGAACAGUGAUAGCCUUCUGCAGAUCUGCAGAGAUGACAAAAAGAAAAUAAAUCUUCUCUCACUUUCUAGGGACUUGGGAAUAUUUUCUACAUCUCUAACGUUAUUUGUUUAGUUUUAAUUAUCUCUUUUACUUCAAAAUGGACCAUUAUUUAAAUAGUAAUACUUGCAUGUAUUACCUUCACUAUUCAACC